AUUUCUGUUUCCCAUUGCUACCUUUGUUCUUUUGAGAAUUCCCUGAGCCGGCCUCAAAGUGUGUAUACUAAGAGUUCCAGCUCUUUGGCCUCCUACAUCGGGAAUUCAAAAUGCCGUUCGCAACGGUCAACUCUCAUGUCCUACACUAUACGGACAUCGCGCCUUCAGAAAACAAAACUUCGCCGGUUACCUUGAUCUUCGUGCACGGCCUUGGCUCGACGCAGAAUUACUAUUUCCCAAUCUUCCCCUAUCUCACGUCCUACCGGUGCAUCAUCUUCGACAACUAUGGGGCUGGACGAUCUAAAUAUACUGCAGGCACGGAAACAUCCAUCCCAUCUAUUGCCCAGGAUGUCCUCGGUCUGCUCGACCAUCUCAAGGUCGACAGGGCCGUUGUCAUAGGCUACUCCAUGGGUGGCAUGCUUCCGACGUACUUGGCUUCGACGUCCCCAGACCGUGUGGUUGCGGGAAUAUGUAUCGGCCCUGUCCAUCCGAGCGAGGCUGUAGCCAAUGUGUUCAAACAGCGUAUCCCGACAGUAAAGAAAGAGGGAAUCGAAGCAAUGGCCAACUCGAUACCGAAUGCUGCCACCGGCCCGAAUGCUACAGCAACACAGAAAGGGUUCAUUCGAGAAAUGCUGAUGGCCCAGGAUCCGGAGGGGUACUGUGCGAACUGCAAGGCUAUCGAGACUGCAACGCCGCCAGAGUAUGCAAAGGUCAAGUGUCCUAUCCUUAUCAUUGCAGGGGAAGUGGAUAAGAGCGCGCCGUUGGCUGGAUGCCAGAAGAUCCUGAGUGAGUUGGGGACGGAUGAGAAGAGCAAACGAUUAGAGGUUCUAGAGGGGAUCGGGCACUGGCAUUGUGUCGAGGCGCCAGGUCAAGUUGGCCCUCUUGUUCAUGGCUUUUGUGAGCAAUUCUCGUAGGUAGUAUAGCCUAGAGUUGAGUCAGGGAAGCCGAGGUAUAGAUAUCGUAAGAAAAAGUAUUUGUGAGGCACAUCAA